AUGGGUGAACGAUCGGCGAUAGAUGGGUGGUCGACGGUUGUAUCUUCAUCUCGAUGGCUUCCAUUUGUCACCAUUGAGAGAAAGUUGUUCAUGUUUCUAAUCGCCUAUUUUUCUUCAAUAGCCUUAUCGUCGUCGUCGUCAUCGGAACAUGUACAAUACUUGACUAUAUCGGCUGCACCGGCAUUCUUGCCAAGUGCACCGUUAGCUUCUUCUCCAAGUUCGCCUUCAGAUAUUGAGCCUAUGUUCCCUACUCCUAAUGGUGUGUCACCUACUCCGUCUGAUUCAUCUAUGCCAACAAUACUUCUAGACCCCAGUCCCCCGAAUCCGGAUAACAUCUUGGCUCCGGCUCCCGGUUUCACACUUUCACCAGGUAACCCUUUUCCGGUUUCCGCUUCUGUUUAUCGGGUUUCACCUCGUGCUCUAAAAUUGACUUUGUUUCUUGGUUUUCCGGAACUUUGUUUACCGCAGCAGCUGUCUGGUGCUUCCUUGCAGUUUCACAAUGAUUUUUUGCAGAGCAUAUAUUGCUUAGUUUGA